CCACCCCCUCCCGGGCUUGGCCCCAUCUCCCUCCAGCUCCAGUGCUCCUGCACCCACAGCAAAAACACCAGGAAAGAGACGAAGAGAGCCGGGAAAGAAUCAAAAGCAGCUACGGCAGCAGAGGAAGAGAGGAAGCUGCCUGCGUGUUGUGGUCUCUCUCUCUCUCGUAUCUUUCCUCUCCCGUUUCAUUCCAGUUUUCUAGUGGUUGCUCACUACUCCUGUACCACCCUCUCUCACCAGCCACCCCCCCUGCCUUCGUUUGCAGCUCCUCCUUCACCCUUUCCCCUCCCAUCACCCACCCCCACACCUCCAACCCGGGCAAGAAACCAACAGCAACAACUCCCCUGCAACUUGCUUGGGCGGCUUGAAGUUGGAGUGGGUUAUUGGAUCACCGGUCCCCGACUUCCCGGCGUGCGACUGCCAGAGGGAGCUAUUAUUCGCCCCACCACAACAAACUCCUCCGUUCUUGGAUUGGUUCUUGGCGUGCAGGUGCAAGGACUCCCACACGCCCUCACCCGAGCAAGAAACCAAUCAAGAAACCCAUCAAUCUCUUGGAGCUGGCUGUUCGAGUGGCCUGUGAUGAGAUUCCCGUGGCCUCUCUGAAAUCCUGAGCUCACUUGCUUCCCGGCGGCAAGGCAGGUUCUUGAUGGCCUCUUCCUGCGGCUGCUGGGGUUUCUUGUGCUCGUUCUCGUGGCUCUUGGGAGCAUAUCCAACCCGGAAUCGGGGAGCGGCGUGCUCUGUUGCUGUCAGAAUCCAACGUUGUAGAGUCUGAAUUGCUACAGCACUUGGGUUUUUGUGCUUGGAGGUGGUGUUUCUUCAACGUUUUCGUUGGCUUUGCUGGUUUCGGUGAGGUGGGUUUCGGAUGGCGCCGGACGGGGCAGGGGAAUGCGGUGGCGGCUGCCGGCGAGGGAAGGCGGCGCAUGCCGGUGCCGGGGCGGUGGCCGGCUUCUUCGUAUGCCUCUUGGUGGUAUGGGCAAUUGGCGGAUGUGGGAGGUUGGGUUGUGGCCGUGUUGCUGAAGAGGAGGCGGUGGCGGGGCAGUUCAACCUCAGCAGGAGUCAACUACAGGAGUUGGUGUCCAUCCUCUCAUCUUCCGAGAGAGAAUGCAUGGCAAAUCAAGUCAGCUACUUGCCUUGUAUCUCAGAUACUCUUUGUAUUGGAGAUAAGGCAUCUGGUGGAAAGCAAAAUUGGUUGAAGGAUGUAAUUCUUCAAGAAUUCUGCACAGUUCAAGAUAAGUAUGACAGAAACAGUCACACACCUGCGCUAUUGGAAAAUAAGUUCUUGCAAAAUAUCAUAAAACAAAGUUCUCCUAUCACACAAUGCAAUCUGGGUGAAUGUGACUUAUAUGCUGGAAUAAAAGGCCUGAAUGUGGAUCAGAAUAUUGUGUCGAGUUCCAAUCACACACGGAUGUUCUAUCUGUCUGCUUUGUUUGGGACCAUUGUAAUUUCAAUAGUUCGAACCAUAUGCAAAAGGGGGAAGCAGUCAAACAAGCUGUGUCAGGAUGAGAAACUUCUCCAGAUACCAAGCGCUAAAAUAAGUCGAAAGUGGUCGAAGAGAGCCCUACUUAUUGGUGUCGUACUUGGUCUUUUUAGCUCCAUGUGCAUAUUUUCAAGCAUGUAUGCAGAUGUUGUUGUUAGGAGAAUUGAGAACCUUGCUAACAUGUGUGAUGAGAGAGCUAGGAUGCUACAGGAUCAGUUUAAUGUAAGCAUGAACCAUGUGCAUGCUUUGGCUAUUUUAGUCUCAACUUUUCACCAUGGGAAGAAUCCUUCUGCUAUUGAUCAGAAAACAUUUGAGGAUUUCACAGCAAGGACAACAUUUGAAAGGCCAUUGAUGAGCGGUGUCGCCUAUGCAUUGAAGGUAUUACACAGUGAAAGGGAGCGGUUUGAGCAACAACAUGGAUGGAAGAUUAAGAAGAUGGAAGCUGGAGAUCAGUCCCAUGUUCAUGAUUAUAAUCCUGAAAAGCUUGAACCAUCUCCAAUUCAAGAUGAGUAUGCACCUGUUAUUUUCUCUCAGGAAACUGUGAAGCACAUUAUAUCUGUAGAUAUGAUGUCUGGGAAGGAAGAUCAUGAUAAUAUAUUGCGUUCCCGGGCAACAGGUAAAGGGGCUUUAACAUCCCCCUUUAAGCUUCUAAAAUCUAACCAUCUUGGUGUGGUGCUUACAUUCACCGUCUAUAAAUAUGAUCUUCCUCCAAAUGCAACACCAGAGGAGCGUAUUCAUGCUACAUUGGGUUAUCUUGGUGCUUCAUUUGAUGUUCCUUCUCUGGUGGAUAAACUCCUAGAGCAACUUGCUAGCAAACAAAAGAUACUUGUUAAGUUAUAUGACACCACAAAUCGUACCUCUCCUAUAAACAUGUAUGGUUCUGAUUUUACUGCAUCCGGUGAUCUGCAUAGAAGUUACAUCGAUUUUGGAGACCCGACACGCAAACAUGAAAUGCAUUGCAGAUUCAAACAUGAACCUCCAUUGCCAUGGUCUGCAAUAACAAUAUCGAUGGCAGUAGCUAUAAUUGUUUUGCUUGUUGGACAAAUAAUUUAUGCUACAUUGAACUCUCUUGAAGAGGCUGAAGAUAAUUAUAGAGCAAUGCUAGAACUAAAAGGGCGAGCUGAAGCUGCGGAUGUUGCAAAGUCUCAGUUUCUAGCAACUGUUUCCCAUGAGAUUAGAACUCCAAUGAAUGGUGUUCUAGGUAUGUUGCAGAUGCUAAUGGACACUGAACUUGAUACAACUCAGCAGGAUUUUGUAGUUACAGCUCAAGAAAGUGGAAAGGCACUGAUAAACUUAAUAAAUGAAGUCCUUGAUCUGGCUAAGAUAGAGUCAGGUAGAAUUGAGUUGGAAACAGUGCCUUUUGAUGUUCGUGAUAUUCUUGACAAUGUGGUAUCUCUGUUCUCUGAAAAAUCACAGGCAAAAGGCAUAGAGUUGGCCGUGCUUGUAUCUGAUCAAGUUCCUGAUGUUCUAACUGGGGAUCCAUGGCGAUUUCGGCAAAUCAUUACAAAUCUUGUGGGGAAUUCUAUGAAGUUUACUGAACGGGGCCAUAUCUUCAUUCAAGUGCAUUUGGUUGAGGAACUGAAGAGGACAAAAAUUGUGUUUGAUGAUAUUUCUGCUCAAAACAGAGAAGUUACGGAUAAUCCUGACAACACAAUGCCAUGUAACACGCUAAGUGGACUUGAAGUUGCAGAUAACUGGAAAUCCUUGGAGAAUUUUAGGAUGUUCAAAUUUUCAAAUGAUGCAAUGGAUGCAAUUAACUUAGUGGUCACAGUUGAAGACACUGGCAUAGGGAUAACAAAGGAUGCUCAAACGCGCAUUUUUACACCUUUCAUGCAAGCUGAUAGUUCCACCUCACGGACAUAUGGUGGAACUGGAAUUGGCUUGAGUAUUACGAAAUGUUUGGUUGAAUUAAUGGGCGGAGAAAUAGGGUUUACGAGUAAACCUGGAGUUGGUAGUACAUUUUCUUUUACUGCCAUUUUCAAGGAGAAUAGAAGAAGUCCUGGGGAUAUUAAAAGGUAUCAUUCUGAACCUACUCCAUCGGACUUUCAAGGAAUGAGGGCACUUAUUAUUGAUGGAAGAUGUGCCCGUGCUGAGAUUACAAUGUACCAUGUGCGAAGACUUGGAAUAUGGUGUGAUCUUGCUGCUACAUCUGAAUCUGCAUUUUCUUCUUUGCUGGAAGCCUGCAACUCAAGUCCGAACUUGGUCUUUGUUGAUAAAGAUGUUUGGGGUGAGGGUUCAGGUAUGGCACUUUAUCGUAGUCUUGUGGAUCUUCGACUAAAGGGCACACACAAGUCUUCCCAAGCCAUGCCGAAGAUUUUUCUUCUGGGAAGCUCAAUAAGCCCUUCUGAGUCUGACUAUUUGAGGUUGACAGGAUAUGGUGAUUGCAUAAGGAAACCUCUCCGUCUUAGUACUAUUGCUGCUUGUCUUCGUAAAGCAUUAGGUAUUGGGGUUACAAGGCAGAACAGUAGAGAUCAGUCUUUGGUUCUUCGAAGUGUGCUAACAGGAAAACAGAUUCUGGUUGUGGAUGAUAAUGCAGUAAAUCGUAAAGUUGCAGCAGGUGCUUUGAAGAAAUAUGGAGCUAUAGUAACCUGUGUGGAAAGUGGAAUUGACGCAAUUGAUAUGCUCAAGCCGCCUCACACAUUUGAUGCUUGCUUUAUGGAUGUUCAGAUGCCUGAGAUGGACGGGUUUGAGGCUACUAGAUUAAUCCGCGCUGUAGAGAAAAAGAUCAAUGAUAUGAUCCAGACAGGUGAAUUAUCAGCUGAGAGUUACAGAAAUAAGGCCAAUUGGCAUGUACCAAUAUUAGCCAUGACGGCAGAUGUAAUCCAAGCGACUUUUGAAGGAUGUAUGCACUGUGGAAUGGAUGGAUAUGUGUCGAAGCCAUUCGAAGAACUGCAGCUCUACUCUGCUGUUGCUCAUUUCUUAGAGACUAAUGCAACAGAUCCAUCGUCGUAGGAGAUUUACUGGCUCAACACUGGUUCAGGUUCACUAAUGCAGCAUCUGCUAAAAAUCGCAUUCGCAGAUCAACAGGUGCUGCAAAACAUGGGAGCUAAAGAGUGCUAUAUCCAGAUUCAACUAGACUGCCUUUUGAGUUGCGUCUUAUCUCAUAAACCAAUGUACAACAUCUUUUCAACAUUUUGAGUUCAACCACAUCGCCUUCUACAAGAAAGCGAGGAGGGCCUUUCGGACGUUGUUACCUAAUUGAUGACAACGGAGGAUACACAUGGUACCACCACCUCAAGUGCUCUUCCGAGGCGAUCGUUGAUUUCAGAGUUUUCCUUUGCUAAUGUAAACUGUAAAGAGACAAUUGCUCAUGUUUUGUUCAUGUUGCCGAGUGUACAUAGGAAUUAGCAGGAUUGCGAGUUGGGAGAUAUGUUUGAUGAUGGCUUGAAAAUUGCAGACGGGGAUGGUGGCAUUCUCCAUCAGUUUUGUGGGGUGGGCUACUUUUGUAAACAUUCUUUUGUAGCAAUGUACGGUUAUUGCACCAUGAGUAAAUUUCAUUGUAGCUCCCUAAACCUGUAAGGUUGUGACGACUUGUUAUGGUAAGUUAUAUAGUGAAACAAUAUCGAGCGACAAGCUUCAGAUACAUCAUUUCAAAGCAAAUGAAAAAAAUACAUCAUCAUUUCCAUUUGG